AUGGUCUUGUAUUUGCUAUGGGCCAUCGGCUUAGUACUUGUGGCAAUUCCCUUAUACUUCCGAUGGUGUCGCGCUGGCCGUCUUAUGGCCAAAAUUCCCGGCCCACCUGAACUGCCCGUGAUUGGAAACUUGGUGACUAUCUACAGAAGUAAGGCCUGGUUUCUACUAAUAUUUAUCCCAUUUCAGAUGAUACUCUCUUCCACCACUUACAAUGAAAAGAACUUGCCUUAUACCUUUUUAUAUACUUGGCUUCGUGAAGGGCUGUUAGUGAGCAAAGGUGAAAAAUGGCACCAACGUCGAAAACUGUUAACACCAGCCUUUCACAGUUGCGCGCGCGCGCUCGGCAUACUCAACGAGCACUUCCAUUGUUUCCGAGAACGAACCCAGGAUCUACUGCGGGCCAUAGAAAAUGAACAUAAUAAGGCACAAGUUGAUUUAAAUCCUUUAUUUACUAAAGCAACUCUUCUUGUUAUGUGCGAGACAUCACUUGGUACAAAAGUAGAAGACACGCCAGUUUUUGACAAUUAUCUGAAAUCCAUUCAUGAUAUGGGUGAAUGCGUUUUUCAAAGAUUGACCCAGCCUUUGCUGGCAAUUAACUUUAUAUAUAGCAUGUCAUCAAAUGCAAGAAGAGAAAAAUCUAUAGUUAAGGUAUUACAUGAUUAUACAAAACAAAUUGUUGAGAAAAGGAGAGAUAACAGGAUGUUGAAUAGUAAAAGUGUGGUUAAAGAAAAUGUGUAUGAAAAGAAAAUUAAACCAGCAUUGCUAGACCUCUUGCUAGAUGAAGAAGAACAAGGGAAUAUUGAUAUAGAGGGAGUCCUGGAAGAAGUGGACACGUUCCUGUUUGAGGGUCACGACACUACAGCAUCAGUGUUGACAUUCAUGGUCAUGAGGAUUGCCAACGAAUCAGUAGCCCAGAAUCAUAUAUACGAAGAGUUGAAAGACAUUUAUGGUGACUCUCCGAGACAGUUGACUGUUGAAGACUUGAGUAAGAUGAGAUACCUGGAGUGUUGCAUCAAGGAAUCACUCCGGCUGUACCCCAGUGUACCGUUCCUUUCUAGAUAUAUUAAACACGAAGUGGACAUAGCUGGUUACACGAUUCCAAAGAAAACAUUUUGCAACAUCCACGUGUUUGAUGUCCACCGUGACCCUGAAGUGUACCCGGACCCCGAGAGGUUUAUCCCAGAGCGGUUCCUUCCGAAGAAUGUGGCCACUCGCAGCCCUUACAGCUACAUACCGUUCAGUGCGGGACCUAGGAAUUGUAUAGGUCAAAAGUUUGCCAUGAUGGAACUGAAGACAGUGAUGUCAGAAUUGCUAUGGAAGUAUCAGCUGGAACCGAUCACAAAGCCUGAAGAUCUGGUCUUCACAACAGAUCUAGUUCUUCGGACCAAUCAUCCUAUUUACGUACGAUUUAGACCAAGGGUGCAAUUCUAA